AUGAAUGGGAAUGUGGCAAACACUAUGUCGGAUAUCUCCGCAGAGCCCUCUAUCGACUCAGUGGAGGGUAUGAACGAUGUGCGGCCUCAGGCGAGCAGAGUUGCAGGCACCGACGACGAAACCCAAGAGCAAGGCGAAACACUGGACGCCCGCUCCGAGUAUUACACGAGCCAAGAUGACGGUACCGCGGAACAUCGAAUCAAUCAAUAUGUGAUCAAGCAGGAGAUAGGACGUGGUUCGUUCGGGGCUGUCCACCUGGCUGCAGAUCAGUAUGGAAAUGAAUAUGCAGUCAAGGAAUUCUCCAAGUCCAGACUAAGGAAACGUGCGCAGUCGCAUCUGUUGCGAAGACCGCGAGGCCCGAUUCGGCCAGGAACGGAUUUCAACUCGCCCUUACAUCGGCAUCCUUCCGGUGACGACAACGAGACCGCAAAGAAUCCGUUAUAUCUGAUCAAGGAGGAAAUCGCAAUCAUGAAGAAACUGAACCAUAGCAAUCUGGUGUCGUUGAUCGAGGUCUUGGACGAUCCGACAGAGGACUCGCUGUACAUGGUGAUGGAAAUGUGCAAGAAGGGUGUUGUCAUGAAGGUCGGGUUGGAAGAGAGAGCAGAUCCGUAUGAUGACGAGCAGUGUCGAUGUUGGUUCCGUGAUCUGAUCUUGGGAAUCGAGUACCUGCAUUCGCAGGGAAUUGUCCAUCGAGAUAUAAAACCGGACAACUGCCUGGUGACCAAUGACGACAUUCUGAAAGUGGUCGACUUUGGUGUAUCGGAGAUGUUUGAAAAAGAUUCAAACAUGUUCACGGCCAAGUCAGCUGGGUCACCAGCAUUUCUCCCUCCGGAGCUGUGCGUGGCCAAACAUGGCGAUGUAUCCGGAAAGGCGACGGAUAUCUGGUCCAUGGGGGUGACUCUAUAUUGUCUGCGAUAUGGAAAGCUGCCCUUUGAGAAGCAGAGCAUCUUCGAACUGUAUGACAGUAUCAGGGGAGAUCCCCUGGUCUAUGAAGACGAGUCAGAUGAAGUAUUCAAAGAUCUGAUAGGGCGGAUUCUCGAGAAAGAUCCAGAGAAGCGGAUCGACAUGUUUGCUUUACGAGAACACCCCUGGGUAACAAAGGGCGGGACGGAUCCUUUGCUGUCAUAUGAGGAGAACACGUCGGAACUCAUUGCGUUUCCAACAGAGGAGGAGAUGAACUCGGCCAUUACAACAAACAUGGGGCAUCUCAUGACCGUGAUGAGAGCCGUCAAAAGAUUCAAGCGACUAACAGAUCCCACCAAACAACAAUCCCCUAUUCAAAGUAUGUUCGGUAAGAGCAUUCUGGGCGGAGACCACGAUGCCUACUUCGUCGAGCCACCAAUGGAAAUGGACCCAGACGAACCAUUCCCAGCCGUAGGAGCAGCUUCACAAACAAAUGACGCCCAUGGCUUGCGUGGAGGCAUGCGCAAGGCGAUCGGCCGGCGUCCUUUCGCCGGGUUCCGAGACGACUCUGGAGCGUUCGGGUCUAGCGAUUCAGCUAGCUUUUCAUCCCGACCCGAGCACAGCCCAAGCAACAGCAAAAGGCCUAGCGGUGUGUUCGAGCCCGAGCGAAAAGACUCCGGCUCCAUCCGCAACGGGGAAUCACCGGCCCAACCGGAUUUCGGCCAAGAAGCUCAACCCCACUCUCAGUGGGAAUCACCCCGUAUCCCCCUUUCGCGAGCGAGCUCGGGUACUAAGCGCAGCCUGGAAGGGACGAGAGGACAUGCCCGUGAUCCGCUGGAAGAGGAGUUCCCCUACCUCUUCAUCGGACCAUCUACAUACAACGGCUCCUCACAGCAAGAACCCGAUAUGGAAAUUAGCGACGAGCCGGUGUCUAUCUUCCAAGAGCCUGAACAUUCAAUGGAUAAUCCUGACCAAAUGGAUGGCGACGAGCCGGUACAGUUUGUUAGUGAAUCGCCCGGAGCUGCAGAUUUCAAUAUCUACGAAACAGCGUACAGGAAGGAACUAGACCGCAUUAAACACAGCCUGAAAGACCGCGACACCGGUCCGAAGGUGUACCUGACCCGUCUCAUUGAGAGAAAUAGCGCCGAAGUGAUGAAACUGGCCAAAGAAAAGGAAUUGGAUCUUCAGAUGGGCGAUGAGCCCACUCUUGCUUCUAUAUCGCGAACACCCUCAGGCUUCGGGUCUGCGGUUAGCGCAAUACGCUCGCAGAUGAUGCAGAAAAGACAGGCCGAUGGGUUGGAAUAUCAGGGUGAUAGUGACGGUGAUGAUGUGAGUAAAGAUAAAGAUUACUCACAGAACCACAACAAUCAUCCUCCGAAACGUCUGUCGGUUUCAUCCCAAUCUAUACCCGAGCCUGAAUCGUCUCCUCUAGAGGCGACGGGGGUGUCGUCUACGGAGGGGACUGGUGAUUCCAAGGCAAAGCUGCAGCGGAUUCUUGAUCGAGUUCGUGGGAAAUCUGGUAGUGCGGAGUGA